AUGUCUGGACGAGGAAAAACCAGCGGCAAAGCUCGGGCCAAGGCCAAGUCUCGCCCGUCCCGGGCUGGACUGCAGUUCCCGUAUCUGACGGCUGAAAUCCUCGAGCUGGCCGGCUACGCAGCCCGGGACAACAAGAAGAGCCGCAUCAUCCCCAGACAUCUGCAGCUGGCCGUCCGCAACGACGAGGAGCUCAACAAGCUGCUGGGAGGGGUGACCAUCGCUCAGGGCGGUGUGUUGCCCAAUAUCCAGGCCGUGUUGUUACCCAAGAAAACCGGCGGAGCGAGCAAGUAA